ACAGGACAUUAUGUUUGGUAAAGUAGAUGAUGAGGGGGAAAAAAAAAGAACUCUGAGUGAGAUGGAUUGUCACGGUGGAUGUAGCAACUGGCUUUAAACAAUAUAGGACCAUGCUAUGAAUCAGAACCAACUCGAUGGCACCUAUCAGUAACAACACUUGAUAAAUUUGAGGUGGGAAAGCAAAGAAAAAGUUGAAUUUAAGUCUGUCUUUAAUUUCAAAGUAGGAGGCCAGGAAGGAAGUGUGGAGUGGAGAAGAGGUCUCUUGAACUAGCAUCUACAGCACCACUUGGGUUCCUGUCUCAAUUUUCUCCUAGACCCAUGCAAUCAGAAUCUGCAUGUUAACAGGAUCUCUAGAGAUUCUUGUGCUUGUUGGUCCGAGAAGUACGAGGGGAUUUCAAGAAGUUGAUGGAAAAAAUGGAAUUGGAAGAUAAUGGAAUUUUUUCAUGGAAUUUUUGGAAGUCCUUUCCUGUGCCGUGACUGCAAGACUUCUGAAUGGGACUCUGAGUGUCUGGCAUCCCUGCAGCCCCUUCCUCUCCCUACACCCCCAGCCUCAAAUGAGGCUCACUUGCAGACAGCAGCCAUCUCACUCUGGACGGUGGUAGCAGCUGUGCAGGCCAUAGAGAGAAAGGUGGAGGUCCACAGCCGGCGACUCCUGCACCUGGAGGGGCGCACAGGGACGGCCGAGAAGAAGCUGGCCAGCUUCGAGAAGACAGUGGCCGAGCUUGGGAACCAGCUGGAGGGCAAGUGGGCUGUGCUGGGCACGCUGCUGCAGGAGUACGGGCUGCUUAAGCGGCGGCUGGAGAACAUGGAGAACCUGCUGCGUAACAGGAACUUCUGGAUCCUGCGGUUACCCCCAGGCAUUAAAGGAGAUGUCCCAAAGGUGCCUGUGACUUUUGAUGACGUCUCCAUCUACUUUUCCACCCCAGAGUGGGAAAAACUGGAAGAGUGGCAAAAGGAACUGUACAAGAGUAUCAUGAAGGGCAACUACGAGUCCCUCGUCUCCAUGGAUUAUGCCAUGAACCAACCUGACGUCUUAGCUCAGGUCCAACCAGAAGGAGACCAUAACCCAGGGGGCCAGGCGGGGCCGCAGGAGAGUGAGAUCCCCACAGACCCAGGUGAAGAACCUGGUAUUUCAACAUCAGACAUUCUGUCUUGGAUCAAACAAGAGGAAGAGCCUCCGGCUGGGGCCCCACAGGAGGUGAAGGAGAGCGAGUUGUACUCCAGACCCUAUGUCGACGGGGAGCUGGUGGUCAAGGCAGAAGGCCUUGCUGGUGCGCCCCUGUGCUCAGAGGUUCCGGUCACCUUCUCCUCUGCUCCCGCACCCACAGUCAAGGACACCUUCCCAGACGUGACUUACAAAGGCCACCAGUCAGCACCCAUAGUGCCCUUCGCCCAUCCUGCUGCUGACCUGGCUGGAGCCUCUGAGGGCCUGGUGACUUUCACCCAGCUGGGGAACUACCCACUGGCACCUCCCACUGGUGACCCGGUGUUCUCAGGCCGCCUCUGUGGCAAGAGUCUCGGCCGGGAUGCUCUACUGACCCGUGAGUGUGGCCACACUGGAGAAUGCCCUUCGCCCUGUGCCCCUCGCCCCAAGCACUUUCCACAGCCGGCUGGCCUUGGCGGUGUUCCCCAGGACUCUGCCCAUGAGGCCCCCCCCACCUGCCCUCACUGUGCCCGGACUUUCACUCACCCGUCUCGGCUCACCUACCACCUGCGAGUGCACAGCAGUACCGAGCGCCCCUUCCCGUGCCCCGAUUGCCCCAAACGCUUUGCCGACCAGGCCCGGCUGACCAGUCACCGCCGAGCCCACACAAGUGAGAGACCCUUCCGCUGUACCCAGUGCGGCAGGAGCUUCAGCUUGAAGAUCAGCCUCCUUCUGCAUCAGCGGGGCCACGCACAGGAGCGGCCCUUUUCAUGCCCCCAGUGUGGCAUCGAUUUCAAUGCCCACUCGGCGCUGAUCCGCCACCAGAUGAUCCACACGGGCGAGCGCCCGUACCCCUGCACCGACUGCAGCAAGAGCUUCAUGCGCAAGGAGCACCUGCUGAACCACCAGCGGCUGCACACGGGCGAGCGGCCCUUCCAGUGCGCCCACUGUGGAAAGAGCUUCAUCCGCAAGCACCACCUCAUGAAGCACCAGCGCAUCCACACGGGCGAGCGGCCCUACCCCUGUGUGCACUGUGGCCGCAGCUUCCGCUACAAACAGACCCUCAAAGAUCACCUGCGCUCCGGCCAUGGCGGUGGCUGUGUGGGUGAUGGUGACCCACCUACACAGCCGCCGGAGCCUCUGGGGCCCCUCGUAACUGAACUGGAAACCUCUGGCCUAAGCGUAGGCACUGUCGGUUUGGAGGCCAGCCAUUGGUAUGGGGAAGGAGGUGCAGGGGGUGGGUUGUGAAUCUUUCCAUUUGUGGUGCUCCGAGCUCACAGUGGGCAGAGGGUCCCGGAGAAAGCCCGAGUGAAGAUUCUCUGGCUCUUUGGGGCCUUGAGUUCUGGAAUGCCACCCCAUGACAGGGUCCCUACAUUGUGAAGACCUGUGAGCCCCGGAGAGGAUCCCAGCAUCCUCAUCUUGUCAACGUCUUCAUGUCAGCCAAGAGGCUGACGCAGGAUGACGAGCUGUCAGAGCCUGGGGCGUGAAUAGGCCUCAAAGUCGAGGCCUGGUGUGAGGCACGAGAACAAGAACCUGGGACUGAAGCCUGUCCGGUUCCUGAGUGGGUAAAGGGAGUGUUGGAAAGGGCACCUGCCCAGCCACCGUCUGCCCUUUCCUCACUUCUCUUUAUUCCCGCUGCAGUCUCUUCAUUCAAAUCUCCAUACUUCACUCUUUCCGUGUUUGCUCUCGGCCUGAGAGGACAGCACACCUGACUUUCAAAGCCUUGUCAGGAGAACAAUUCUUUUCUUCCGUUGCUUGAUUUCAAGCAGCUAGGCUCCUGCCGGCAUUUAAGCUUCUACAUACCUUUGCCAAGGUUGGAGUUAAGAAACCAAAAUUGGGGUUCCGUGGCCCAGCUUGAAAAGCUGGAGAUGCUGAGAAAUCACUGGCACAUCACUCAGAACAGUCUAGAACUCGUGUCCACGCUGUUUCUCAGAGUCAAUCACAUCAAAUUCCUAUCUUUCUAAGCCAAUAAACUGGCUUAUCCAUUCCUAGUGUCUCAUCAUCUUUACAGCCAUCAGAAGAGGUGACAGAACUUUCUAGAGCCAUCAUGGAGUUUCAGAAAGCAUGGUGGACUCAGAGCCUCCACCUCCUUGAUAGUGAGAUGCUGGUAGUGUUAGUCACAGCUUUUUUAGCCACCAGAGUAUCUCCACCCCAGCCGGCGAACCCUCAUUGACCGUGGACAAAUUGAGGGUCUUCUGAAAUAACUUAGGGCUGAGACCUGUACACAGACGAGGGACAGCGUGUCCCUCCUUGUCUUGCUUUUACGGACCUUGACUACCAUGUUUUCUUUGUCAAGGUUUAAUCACCUGAGGAUAUUCUAAGCCUAGCCCUCCUUCCUCUCCCUUCGUGACUGGGGAUAAGUCCCUUUUCCCAGACAGAUUUUAAAUGCUCUGCAAGAUGAGACUGUUGAAAAGGGGGGAAGGCGAGCCUCUAGAAACUAAAAAAAAAAAAAGCAAACCCUGUGAUACAACCCUUCUCUUGCCAAAAUUCUGUCUAUCUCUGGCUUCUGUCCAGGCAGCGCCAAAUAAAACAGCAAAAUCAAAGCAGACAUUCCUGCUGCAACUUGACUGAAAUGAUUGUAGUUGUUUUCCUCUUGCGUCAAGCCUGAGGUAGAAGACAGGCAGAGAAGGCAGAAACCCUAAGUAUGGGGCAGAAAAGUGGUUGAUUCUCUUGUUUCCCUCGGAUCUUUCCAUGAAGCCCAGAACUAGGUCUGCGAAGAUUUGCACAGGACACCGGAUGAAGUGACGGGGGAGAGGGGCACUUGACUUUCCUCAUCACCUAGCCCACUCUUCACCCUGCCUCACUGUAGGUAGCCAGCAUAGCAAGAGGUGCUGCCCCAGCUACGUGCACUGGGAAAACUGUCUGAACAUGCUCUUGCAUCCGCUGCUUGCCGCACAGUACCAGAAACCACGGAAAACAGGCAUGAGACCCUGUCUGUUGUAGCUUUUAACUCACAGGUGUCGGCGAUGAGGAAAGCAGGGUUGUAGAACAAACCAAGAAAAACAAUGGGCGGAACCACAGCAUAUUAGGAUUAAGAGCUUUCUCGCCAGAAUCUAGACCUUUGUCAUGGGAGGAGGAGGGGUCGGGAGGGGUUGGCGUCUAGGGAUCCAAAAGGCAGAGCUCCGAUCUGAUGGGCAGCCCACUAGGAACCUGAGGUUAGCCUCGGCUUUGUCACGCUUUGAUUAACUUGCUGCCUAGUUUAUUCUGAUUCAUAGGAACUCUAUAGAACUGCCUGCAGGGUUUUCAAGGUUGUAAAUCAACACAGCAGGGACGGCCUCAUUCUCUUUUGGAGUAUCUGGUGGGUCAGUGUCUACAAUCCCAGUUAAGCAGCUUGAUGUUUAACCCACAGUGUCACUAGGACUUCGUGUACCUUGAUUAUCUUCAUGAAAGUAGAGGAAAAUGGAAGGGCCCUCUAGCUGGUGAGCCUUUUCUGAAUGGAUUUGAGCAUUUGUCAGAUAGGGGAAAUUCCUACACCGGUGUGAUUUUGCACUAGACAACACCUAAAAUUCCUUUCCACUCCAAGCUUAUCAAUGAAAAAGACAAUUAAAAAUGCCACAGGUAUUUUCCACACUUACUUAGAGCCAGCUUGGCACCCAAACUUUAGCAAAAAGUGAACACAACUCAAAUGCCAGUCAUUUAAGAAAGAGCCAAGAGCGCGAAUGAAAGAAAUGUGCAGGCCAUUCGAGGAAGAUGAAAGUGGGCGUUAUCCUAAUCCUCGGCCCUAGCAGAAACCGGGAAGCCAACCAUCGCACCGCUGGCUCUUUCCCUAAACCAGGCUCUUUCCCUAAACCAGUUCCUAGUAGGUAGAGUUCCAGGCUCGCUGUAAAGAAUUAGGAUUCCAAAGUUUAUACGUAAAAUGGAUCCGGGAAAAAGAGAAGCUAAGCUCUAACAGAAAUGCCCAGUGUGUGGAGAACCUCUUGGCCUAUCAAGGCCUCUUGAGAGAAACUUUUAACGGUAGAGUUAAAGAUGUGCCAGAGGAUGUGUAUUCUAGGAAAGAGGAAAACUACUCUUGGGCUAUUCCCCAGCAUGACUCCGGCUGAGAAGUUAGCUCGCUCACAAGUGGGCACCCUAUCCCUGAUCUUUGAGUAUUGGAGCAGCCAUUGGAUCCAGGGAUCGAGCAUAACCAGGUCCACUCUGCUUACAAGUACAUCAUUGGCACUGCCCAGUGAACCUUGGGUUCAGCCACAGACCUGGAACAAAGUGAAAGCUGAUUGCUUGUCCAGGAAGUGGAAGGCGAUGACUCCAGUCCUGCUGCCUUGGUAGUGGAAGUGCUCGGGCUCCAUGCCGUCCAGAGGAGCGCGGUUCCACAUAAACCUCUCGAUGUCUCGAGCCAGUCCACAGAGUCCCUGUUGGAGCUUCUGUUGGGCUGCUCUCCAGAGCACCUGGAAAAGACAACCUUACCUGCCCUAACUAGCACCUGGCCCUGGGCCUCCCCAAGGAGUAACACAUUUCCUGUCUCAGUGCUGCAGGGCCUCCCAAACAUGUCCUCUCUGAUGAGAUUCCUCUUCAGAAGGAUCCCUGCCCCCUUAGUUUUAGCUUCUUAGUCAAAAGGCAGUUUCUAGGGAAUGACAAGCUCCUAGGGAAGGGGGCCACUGUCUGAUGUGUCCUCCCUUGUGAGGUGUGGCUGGUAACACCAUACCUGUGUUCUCACUCAUCUGGGCAGCCAAGGAAGAAACUCUCAGGGUUUACAUAGAGGCAUUUUUUCUUGGGACAUGCCAACCUCUUACAAGCAAAAAACACUUGAGUUACAUUUGGUGGAACGAGAAGCACAUGGACUUUUCACAAGGGGUCAGUGGCUUAGCACUGCUCGAUAUUAAAAGCAGACUUGAGUUGGGGCUAGAUUGAAAUCCAAGCUCCACCACAGACAAUGGAUGUGUUCUGUAAUCCUCCUCAGUUCCUCCCUGUGAGACAGGAUAAUGCCCACUUCUCAGAGGUGUUAGGAGAUGUAAGGGAUUGAGCACAGAGCCCGGCAUGUAGGUGACUGCUGGGAAAGCAGUUUAACAGGACCCAGUAGGGCAGGGUGGGCAGUCUUUGGCCAGGCGGUAUUGAGAACGGGGGCUGCUUCACCAAGUGGCUUCUCGUGCUGUUGCAGCUCGUCCCCUACUGUUGUCCUUUGCUUCCACUAGUCCUCAGCUUCGCAAGUGUCAGUGUUCCCUGCAUUUGUGUGGCUCUGGCAUAGCUUUCGUUCCUGUUCUGAGAGGGCUCCCUUUCUAUUCCAGCCCCCGGAGUUAGUGCUUAUCCUGCUUCAAGCACUGCUGUGGAUUCCCUGGGGAGCGGCCUGUUGGAUCCUGUGAACAGGUCCACAGUGACACAGCAGUAUCUCGCACACUGCCAGCAUGAAGAAGAAAUGUUUAACUUGAGAGACUUCCAUCUUGUGCGCAGUUGGUCAAUUAAAUGGCCUCCCACCAAAGAAGGCAGAUGGCCACAGGCCAGUCGGAAGUGAAGGUGCUGAAAUGCCCUCAAUGAUUGCCAGGUUACAUUUCAAAUAAAAUAUUUGCUAAGGG